AUGGAAGCUCCUGAGAAUGCUGGCGGGGAGCCGGACUUUGAGUUAACCGCCAGGUCUGAUGGAGUCGAAGCUUCUGCAACAAGCGGUGUCGAAACCGCAGAUAGAUUUGAGCGUUACCCUUCUGGUAACAGCAGUUCCGCUGGCGCGGUUGCUAAUUUCGUCAACACCAUCGUGGGCGCUGGAAUUGUGGGGAUUCCGUUCGCGACAGCUCAGAGCGGGUUGUGGGCGGGAAUCUUCAUGCUCUGCCUCGCCGCGCUGCUGAACGUCAAGUCCACCACGAUGCUCAUCACGGCGGGAGAGAAAGUUGGGAGGCUCAACUAUGAGGAGCUCAUGGAGGUUUACUUCGGCAGCGCAGGGACGCACGUGUUCACCUUGUUCGCGGGCGUGCUGGCCUUCGGGGCAAUGUCUGCCUACUUGAUCAUCGUGGGAGACACGGUCCCGAUGAUCGCGCACGCGUCGGGCAUCGACACCGGAGCGCUCGCUGACCGGGCUUCUGUGAUCGGGAUAGUCGGGGUGUUCUGCAUGCUCCCGCUGUCGCUGCUCAAGGAUCUGAGCAAGCUUGCCUACACGUCUUGCUUGAGCGUCCUGGCUGAUGUUCUGCUCACGGUCAUUGUCCUCGUGGGUGCAUCGGGAGCAGCCAGAGAACUCCCCGACGUCGACCGGUCCGACGUGAACACCUUCAUCAGGCCGACGAUCUUCGCGGGAUUCGGGGCAAUUUCUUUUUCCUUCGUUUGCCAACACUCUUCUUUUCUGGUGUACCGGAGCAUGAGCGAGAGAGGUGUGGACCGGUGGGCCACGGUUACGCGGUGGGCGGUCUCCAUCGCGCUGGUGAUGUCGCUGACCCUCGGCGUCGCCGGCUACCUUAGCUUCGCGGACGGCACCGAAGGAAACAUCUUGAACAACUUCACGCACGAGCACAGGCCCGCGACGGUUGCCAGAGCUUUCCUGGCCCUGACGAUGGUCUUGACCUAUCCAUUAGAAAUGUACGUGGCAAGGCACGUGCUAGACGCUUCACUUUUCCAGACCUGUCUCGGGAAGGGCCCGAUCACCACGGUUAGGCACUACUGGAUAACCGUCAUCAUCUGGGUGCUCACCCUGACACUGGCCCUGUCCACCGCCAAUCUUGGAUCUGUCCUGGAGAUUUUCGGUGCUUUCGGCGCAAGCGCGAUUGGGUACGUCCUGCCGCCGCUGCUGUACAUGAAGUCCUGCGGCCACGAGCUGAGGCAAGCAAAGGCCGCCUGGGACAAGGACUCGUCCGAGUACGAGCCGGCGCUCACCGAGCGGCUGUGGGCGUCGCGCAACUUCAUCGUGCCCGUGUUCAUGGUGCUGUUCGGGGUCGUGGCGAUGGUGGCCGGCGUCGUGACGGCGGUUGUUGGGGAGUUGUCACACACGAAGGCGUGA